AUGCACUGCUGUAACGGCAUGAACAGAAUAUAUCAUAAAGUUAGAGAACGUUUUGCUGAAGGGACCUCGGGCUCAGUGACGAUCCGUGUCCAACCGACUGGUUCACUCACGCCCAGCGUAAGGGACAAGAAACCAGAGGUCGCUGUGGCACCACAACCUCAGGUUCAGAAGUCGAGGCAUCGACAUCAAAGAGAAUCCGAAGUAGACAGGAACCAGCAGUUCGGUUCAGCGCUCGAACGAAGAAACAGUAAUGCAGGUCUGGUGUUGCCGGCUUACCAGGCCUACAUUCGCGGCAGUGGUGAAGAACGGCUUGUGGAUGGUCCGCCUCCAUCUCCUAAAGAUUCGAGAGUGACGUCUUUGGAACAACGAGUCAGAGAGUUGGAAGCAAUGGUUGUGGGACAAGCAGCUACUGCGAACAAUACCGCUGUAGUGAUACCGGUCACGCCCACACAACAGAGCAAGCAUGGCCAUGUUCGCUCCUCACAUGUCCCACCACCAACUCAGCUUAUCAUCUCUAACUCAUCACCGUCUUCUUCCGUCACUCAACAACUCAUGGCCAAAGAGGUCGUCAGUAAAGAAGUAGAGAUUGAACGACUUCAAGCGAAACUCAGAAAGGCCUACGCUCAAAUGGAGCGGCAGCAAGCCGAUUACGAUGAAGAAGUACGCAAAUUCAAAAAAGAUUCCGAACAGGCUAAGGAAGAGCUAGUCAGGGUUGUAAAUAAGUUGAAUGAUCUCGAGGCAGAAUCUGUAAAGUAUCAAGAGAAAGCGAAAGUUCUUGACAGCGGGCAGUUGAGUGCUAUCGCUGAGACACAAGAGAAGAUUAGAAGCCAGGAGAAGGAACUUGCUCGACUACGUAGCGAAUUGGCCGAGAAGGAGAAAAUGAUGAAGAGCUACGAGGAUUUGAAAAAAGAAUUUGAUUACUUGGAGUUGCAAAACGACACAUUGAGUCAGACGCUGGACUCCAAAGAGAAUACCGUAAAGGAGCUGGAACGGCAUAUUGCAUCUAUGCGAAUGGAAGCGACCCUUUAUCAACAGUCUUGCUCAUCCGGGUCAACGCCUCUCGCAGAUGAAACUGAAUCUUUAGCCGAGAUCAGACCUCCUUUCACUCCAGCUCGUCCAUAUACAAAGGCUCAUUCAACAUUGGGUGCUAACCUAAGUCCGCAACCUCGCCCAAAAAGUGGAGGUCUGACAAAAAGUCUCUCCAAUUAUGCCAUUGACGCGAAUUGCAAUCGAAGAGAUGACGUUUCUGCGGCCAUGAGCAGAAGCCUGAGCUUAUUUCAUUUUCGUGAAAAAUUCGGAGUGCUCGACAAAGGGAGAGUGCCGGAAGGUGGAACGGCAUCCCAGUUUGCCGAAAAUAGGCGAACGAGNAAAAGUCUCUCCAAUUAUGCCAUUGACGCGAAUUGCAAUCGAAGAGAUGACGUUUCUGCGGCCAUGAGCAGAAGCCUGAGGUCAACUCAGAAGAAACUGGUGGAUAGUCGAUUACUUGUGAAGUGUCUCAAAGAAACAGUUGAGCGGUUGGCGCGUGGAGAAAAUCCCGACAUAAGUCGUCUGCUGGGAAUUAAGACUGACUCGAUGUCCGAGAGUGAAGCCGAGCAGGUCGCUUUUGACUCGACGACUAUGACCAUGGGAGUCGCCGAAAAAAUGAUGCGCCGUCAGGAGGAAAGCAUGGCAAAGCUGGAACAGGACUUGGAUGCCAUUCGAUAUCUGGUUCAGGACUACUACCAAGCUAAAGUUGGUGACACAUUAAAUGGUCGCGAUGACGCCUGUCGCAUACAGUAA